AUGCAGCUUGAUGUGGCAGUUGACCUUCUCACUAAAGCAAAAACAUCUCUGACUAACUUCAGAAGAACUGGCUUUGCUUCAGCUCAGGUCUCUGCUAAAGACAUGUGUGAGGAAAUGAAAGUAGAGGCUAUACUCAAAGCGAAAGGAUUAAGAAGCACAAAAAAGAACUUUGCUUAUGAAGCCCCAGAUGAGCCCAUUGCAGAUGCCAUGAAGAGGCUAGAAGCAACAUUCUUUAAUGUUGUUGUUGACACAGCCAUUGAAUCCUUAACUGAUAGGUUUUUAACACUGGGUGAAGUGAGAGACAGAUUUGGAGUGCUGCUCAGUUUCCAAAGACUGGAUGAUCAGGCAUCGAGCAACCAGUGUAACAACCUCUGCAUGACAUUAAGCACUGGAAAUGAAAGUGACAUUGAUGGAAAGGAACUGGCUGCGGAGUAA